GUGCCACUACAGUUAAGAGAAGAAGAAAACUAUCUCGUCCAAUACCAGUAGCUAUGAGUACACCACAGACCAAUCAUCAUCCUACUGACAGCAAAAGAACAACUGGAGCAACAUCAAAUCCACAUAUUCCUCACCUCAGGGCUAGCUCUCAGAUACAAAAGCCUCUUACCAAUCAAGAGACUGUAGCAGGAGGAGUGGGCCCUAUUGGUAAUGGAGGAAGAGGAGGUAUUGCUGUAUCUUUGGAGUCUAAUGAAGUGAAAGGACAAGGAGAGGACUGGCCAACAAUGAUGUGGCUACCUCCUUAUUAUCAAAUCAUUGACACUAGAGAACAGAACAGCUCACACAUAAAUUUUAAGACACAGCAGCUUGUAUGUGAGUUAAAGGAGCUGAAGAAUAAAUUGGAGGAUUCACAGAAAGCAUUGGAGGAGGCACAGCAACAAGUAAAGAAGCUCCAAGAAGAAAAGAAUGAAUUAGGUCAACAGUAUGCAGCAAAAAUAGAUGUAUUGGAAGAAGUACAGAAAGAGGAGAGAGAUACUCUGACACUUAAACUAUCACAACUAGAGAUUGGUUUGAGAGAAAUUGAGACACAAUGGAAAGAGAAGUAUCGUGGAGACAUUGAAUUAGAGCAACAAGAACUGUACGAUGAGAAUCAAAUGCUUAAACUAUCAGUAGCAGAGAAAGAAACAGAAUUAUUACAGUCACAAGAUGCUUUACUUGAGUUAAGGCAGUGUUUGGCUCACAUGUUGAUUGGUUUGAAGCCGUCAAGUGAAACUGACUGGCUUAUGAUCUCACAGAAAGAUGUAUCCACAAUUCAAGCAAUAGUCAACACAGGACACUGCAAUGAUAAAGAUGAAGAAGAAAAGGAUACACAUUCCCUGACUCCAGAUCAAGCCUCAUCAUCAUCAGGAGAUUGUACUAAUACACAAUCAUGUAGUGGUUGGACUACUAGUACUGAGGUUGGAUUCAGACGUGAUCUGGCAGCAUUAGAUGCUGAUAUUGCAAGACUUCAGAUACAAUUCAACGUAGCACAAGAUUUAUAUCACUAACUUUUAAGAUCAUGAUAUAUGUAUGGAUUUGAUAAUGACAUAUUCCUAUGUCCUAUGAGCUAAUAUGUCAUAAUGAAUUUAAACAUGUGUAAUAUACUUUUUAAAAGUUGCGACACUUUCCUUUUAA